AUGCAAGGAAAGAGGCCUUUUGAAAAACUGUCAAGGUCAGCUGGUUUAAUCGGAAUUUUGAGGCCUUCUGCUCCUAUCACUUUACCGGAAACUACAAUUUUAAUGGAUGCAGCUAAAUUGAUGGUUGUUAAUAGGGUAACAGCAGUUCUUGUUGUUGAUGAAUGUGAUAAAAUAAUGGGAAUUGUUACAGAUAAAGAUAUAACGUUUAGAGUAUGUGCAGAAGGUUUAAACCCUAAUGCUACAACAUUAUCAAUG